ACCUGUGGUACCUGCGCUCCCCCGUGUCACCGCCGCGGGUGGUCGGUGCUGACGGCAGAGCCGGGCUCGCUCUGAGCUCCGCGCUCUCAAAGUGUGUGGGUUUGGGCGUGAGGGUUCGCUUGGUGCGGCGUGAACCUCUGGGACUUAAAGCCCCUAAGUAACAGCGGAUAGAAGCGUUCGCCGCCGUCUACUCUUUUUUCGUAGAGCUUUUGGGUGCGUGGGGAGACACAGGGAAAGCGGUGUCUGAGAUGACGGUGGUGGUGGAGGCACUGCUGCGGACAAUUCAACGAAUCUAUUGUCACCGUAAUUCCUGAGGUUUCUGGAGCAAUGCAGCUUGUUCAAAAAGAGUCGUGGUCAGAACAAUGGGAAGAAAAGUUCUUAAGAGGAGUUCUAGGUGUGUGAAUCGGCCUAUUAUCACUGAGUCGUCAAUAUAAUCUUGCUGACUUGACAACCAUUCUAUGCCAGCCUGUGUCAAUACCAGAUCAAGGUGCUCCUGAUCAACCACAUUGUUCAGAAAUUAUUAAAAAAGAAACCUUGGUGGGUAAAAGAUGUGCCAUGGAAUGGUAGCAUCAAAGAGCAACACAGGGUCCUCUCUUUCCUUGACUGGCCAUGGGUUAUUUCGUCUGCUAGUUAUCUUUGGUUCCUUUAUCUUGGAAACACAGUCCACAGGUUGGCUAAGCAAAUCCAAAGGACCUGCAUAUUGUCCCCAGCCACCACAACCUGAGAAUGGAGGCUAUAAAUGCCACCCUAGCCCCUGCAACAACCCUCUGACUUCAGGCAGUGUCAUAGAGUAUCUGUGUGUUGAAGGCUACAUGCUGAAAGGAGAUUAUAAAUACUUGACCUGCAAGAAUGGAGAGUGGAACCCAGCCAUGGAAGUCAGCUGCAGGCUCAGCCCUGAAAAGGACUCUCCACCCACAAUUGGAGUGCCCACGCUGUCCAUAGUAGCCUCCACAGCAAGCUCUGUUGCCCUGAUUCUGCUGUUAGUUGUGCUGUUUGUUUUGCUGCAGCCCAAGCUGAAGUCGUUCCAUCACAGCAGGCGAGACCAAGGUGUGUCUGGAGAUCAGGUCUCUAUUAUGGUGGAUGGUGUCCAAGUGGCCUUGCCAUCCUAUGAAGAAGCAGUGUAUGGCAGCACAGGGAAUUGCAUUCCACCCUCAGACUCCCGAGUGCAGAUCGUGCUCUCAGAAGGAGCUGGACAGAAUGGAGCCAGAGAGAUGCAGCAGCCAGACCAAGGGGCUCACAACACCUUUGAAAGAGAAGAUGAAGCCCCUGGACAUUCUGGACUUUGUGAAGCCAGUGGCUCUCAGCGCUCUGAAACUGUUCUUGUGCAUCAGGCUGCUACCUCUUCCUGGGUAGCUGGCAUGGCUAGCAGUAGACCUGUACACAAAGAGGUCCAGGAUUCAGAAAGCAGUGACAUACAGAGCCUUUUAUCACUCACUUCCUCUGAGGAAUACACAGAUGAUAUUCCCUUAUUGAAGGAAGCAUGAGGUCUGCUGUGUUUGUCUAGUCUUCUCCAUCUUGGAUUUCUUCCUCCUGCCCUCUCCCUGCCUUUGGGACAGAAGCACUCUGUGCAGUCUUCCCCAUCCUCGCAAGCUGUACCCUGGAUACCUCCAAGAAGAGAUGCCCUCAGCUGAAGAUCCAAAGGAUGUCGCCAGAUUGCCUCCUGGAUGCACCAGUGGAGUUGGUGUAGCGCUGGCUCCCCCAUUCCAUCAGCAUCAGGGGCUCAAGGAACAGAGUGGAUUUGAGCUCUCCUCUCCUCUUCCCCAGCCAGAUGUUUGACAGCAGUCUCUGAAGAGCUGCUCUUUCUUGUGCCUUUCUCCUCCUCACACCGGCUUGUUGCAGCUUAUCAGCCUUUCUAGCCCUCCUGCUGCCCAGAGAGCAGGGGCUAAACCCGCUUGCUCGCUGGGUGCAGACACACUUUAAAUACACAUAUACAUGUUAUAUAGGCUCUUCUUCCAGCAUCCCCUUUGUGAUGGGGCAGGGCAAAACACCUCACUGGGACCGAGAUUGGGCUUGGGAGGGAUCGCAGUUAAGGGGCAGCUUGUGAUGUGUAGAAGCGCCUCAGAGGAGAUGGGCUGUGUGACAGCUUAGCUGUGCAGGAACAGUUCACUGAGAAUUGCUUCAGCACUGAAGGCUGAGAAGUCCACCAUGUAGGAAUGCCCUCUGUCCCAUCUCUGCAGGAGUCUGUUCCUGAAAAUCACUUUUGUAUCCUCCUUCUUCUUCUACCAGUGCAGCCCACUGGAAGAGGUUCAGGUGUUUGAAAAUACCAAGACAAAAAAUGCCUGUAGAUAGUGAAUUCCUAGUGCCAUUGGUGCAAUCCCAAAUUCCUUUUCCAGCCACAGUAGGUACUUGGAUCCUGGGUAGCUGCCAUCUCAUAGGCUGGUGUGUCUUCCUAGCUUCAUACAGCAAGGGGUCUGCUGUUUUAACCUGGCAGGCUCAACCCAUAGAGAAGGGCUCCUCCCUUGUGGCUGGGGGUAAGCAGCGUUUGUAAAGCUCCUAAACACAGUGCCAGCCUGUUGCUGUGAGGGAAAGUUGAGUACACUGACAGCAGUGCUAGAGGACACUACAGCUCAGUCCUGAAGUUUUGAGGAUUGUUUCAAGUUCUCUGGUAGUAGGGAAGAGAAAAUUCAGAAAUAUGUGUGCCUCUGCCUGCCACAGUUACCUACAGCAGGUCAGACUGUCUGUGUUGGGACUCUAUAACUGCAGGAAGCACGCUUGUCUAGGGUAGGUGGUCCAGUCCAAGUGCUGUGGUGGUUGUAAGGUUCCUCGCUGAGAUCUGGACACUGUUCCAUGGGAUUGAUUUCAGCAAGAAGAGUUGGCUUCUUAGAUGCAUGUACCUUGUCAUAACCGCCUUGAAGUAACCAGGGAAGUGUUUGCCCUGUGAGAAGCUGCUACAUUUUUGAGUUGAAGGAGCAAAAUGUCAUGGCCUUACACAUCAUGUGGUAAUGUACAGGUAAACAGGGAUGCUGUCUUUGCUGCUUUGCUUUUGGUUUACGAUCCUCACCAUCCUUAUCCUCAUUGCUACAGUAAAAAAACAUUACAGCACUUGACAAAAAUGAUACGUCUUUACAUAUAAAAUCACUGUGGCUUAGCUCCAGUUCUUUGAAGUGUGGGUUGGCCACAGUGUCCAGCUAUGUAUUUGCUAUUCCUUUUCCUGAAUAGCUAUUAAAUCCCACACAUGGACACAUGGAACAGUGUGCUCCUGUGGAUGGAAGAAUCCUUUUUUCCCCCUAUCCUUGUUGUAGAGGGGUGUUAAUUUAAAAUUACAAUGUUUUAAACAUCCUUCCCUGUUGCUCAUGUUACCUUACAUUAACACAAGAAUUUGAUAAAUCCCAUUUGGGUGGUUAGGUAUUUUUUCUUUAGUUAGGAUGGUGAAAAUCCUGUGUCAUUUUACAGUGGUCUGUGGUGUCUCAGCCUCAAGCGCUGUAGAGGACAAAUGUUGUUUACACAUCUGCCAUUGGAAUUUUGAAAAAUAAGCAUGGGGGACGAUUGUAUUUAGCUUUUGACUGUUGGAAAUGGUCUUAGCUUGAGUAAAUUCUCCUUCAUUGGUUUAUUGGAGGGGUUGGGCAAGUGUGGUGAGAAGGGAGUGUGGAGGAAAGUCUGUGUGACUUUCCUGCUGCCUAACCAGGUCAGAGCAGGAAUUGCUUUUCAUGCAUUUAAGGUCCUAUCUGCUCACACUGACCCUCAGCAAUUCCAAGUAUAGAAGUAGGGAAUGUGUUGCCUUCCUGAAAGGGGCAGUGCUAGUGUUGGGUUGGUGGGAGAUGCU